GUUUGACGUUUAACUGCCGUCAAAUUUCACACGAUAGCACACGGUUUUUUGAUAAUGUCGAGCAAUCGAACAAGAAAUUUAUCGCAUUUUAUUUAAAUUGAAAAAUGACAGAGGAUCAAGAUGCUAAAGAUUCGCAGUCUGACUCGGGGAGUAAGACAUUUACCAACAAGAACAAAGACAAGAAAGCGAAGACCCAACGGCCACUGACCAAAAUUAUAUUACGGCGUUUACCGCCAACUAUGACUGAGGAAGGAUUCUUGGAGCAGGUGUCCCCAAUACCCGAGCACGACCACUUCUAUUUUGCCAAGCCUGAUACGUCACUCGGAAACAAUGUUUACUCGCGGGCUUAUAUAAAUUUUGUGAAUGUGGAAGAUAUUUAUCUAUUCAGGGAUAAAUUUGAUGGUUACAUUUUUCUUGACGAAAAGGGUGUGGAGUAUGUUGGUAUAGUGGAGUAUGCCCCAUUUCAAAGGAUUCCCAAAAAGAAGAAGAAAAAAGAUCCCAAAUGUGGCACCAUUGAAAGUGACCCAAUUUUCCAAGAAUUCAUAGAGAACCUGACUAAAGAGGCUGAACCAGAGAACCAGCCAAAACUUGAGUACUCAUAUCCAGUCAAUGAUGGAAAUGAUAAGAAAGUCCAAUCAACACCGCUUCUAGAAUACCUGGCUGCCCGUAAACAGGACAAGCGUGGCCGCGAUGAGCGCCGUAGGCGGGAAAAUGACAAAAGAAAGAUGAGGAUAGAACGGAAGACUAAGGAAGGACCAAUCAAGGAGGAAGAAUCUACUGAAAAUGAAGUAAAGAAAAUUAAGCCAAGGGAGUGGGACAGAGACAAAUCAACGUCUGAACCUAAAGAGGAGUCUCUAAAGAAUGAAACUAAAGAUGGGACAGUGUUUGAGUCCAAGACAUACAGGGAACAAAGAAAGGUAGGAUCUAGUGUGGACAAGAAAAAGAAACUUGACAAUGACAAGAGAGAAAUGUCUAACAAGGAUGAAGAAGGGGAAGAUUCUGAUAAAGGCUACAAAAAAGAUAAACGUGACAAAUUUAAGGAAUCGCCUCGCGAACUUAAGAGCAAGAAGUACAGUGACACCAGGAAAGAAAGGGUCAAACAGAUAGAGAGUGGAAAGUCUGAUAAACAAGCAGUUAUCAACAAAAUGAUGUCUUCAGAGGGCAAAAGCAAAAUUAACCAUGAUGAUAUUAAACCAUUUACACAACUGCCACAAGUGAAAACUGAUGAUUUGACUAAACUUAUUGAAGGUAUGGAUAAAAAAGCAAGAAUAGAGGAUUCUGAUUCUAAAGUACAUAAAGAUACAAAAGAUUCUAAUGACAAUGUAACCGAAAGAGAAUUUGAAGUGACCAGAGUUCACAGAAAUAGUGUAGACUCAAGUGAGUCCCAAGAUAAAGAAGAAUCUGGGUAUGAGAGGCAGAAAAGUUUUGAUGAUAGAAGUAAGUCCACAGAUAGAGAAGGGUCUGAAGAAAAAGAAAAGAGUGAGAGCUCAGAGCGUCGUACGGAAAGGAGGAUUAGAAACAAAGAUCGCCCAAGCCUCGUCAUCUAUCAACCGGGCAUGGGUAAAUUCAGCAAACAACGUUUGGCAAAAGAAAAGGAUCCCACGACAAAAUCAGUCAGUGACAGUGAGAAAAAAGACACCUGAAACGACAUUUCUAUUAAUCGAAAAUUGGACACCAUUCGACGGAAUCACCCUAAGGCUGGCAUUCGAUACACGUCCUAAGACGCGGUAGAAGAGGACAAAUUGGACAUGCCAACUGAGGGAUCACUGUUCUUGUUUAUUGAUUCGUUUUAUUUACAUUCAAUAAUGAGUUGGAGAUCUUUUAUCAUUAUGAAAAAUCAGCAUAGCAUUUUGUGCUUCAUAUUUUUAGCUUGUGAUCAUUUAGUUCAGUUUGUUUAAUUUCAUUUAAAUAUAAUUCAUUUUUCAAAAGAGGGAACUAUCUUUUUAUCUUUAUACAAAUAUACUUUGUCACAUAUUUGGCGCCAAUAAUAUGCACUGAGUGGGGCCUGGUAGGACAAGUAACUAUUUUCGGAACGAAGUAACAGUUUCUACAGCUCUGUCGUUGAUAAAUAAAUGUGUUGUAUACUUACAUACAUAUCAAAAUUACUACGCAGAUUAUUAAGAUGGACAGUUUAGAUUAGUGGCAGGGUAAAGCUACGGGGCCGUUAAUAUCUUCUAUUUUUCUAAUAUGUAUUCUGCAAAUACUGUCACGAUGUCUGAAAUAGUACCUACCUACACUUCCAAGAUAUAUUUUGUUCUAAAAUUAUUCCGUUAGUACGCAAUUAAAGCAAUUUUAUUUUUAGUAUAAAAACAUUUAUUUGAUCUAUCACAGUGAAUUUUAACUCUCGUAACAUUCAAUAACAUAUACAACAAAGUUAACUUACAUAACACAAUUUAUUAUAAAAUACCAGCAUUCUUUGUGCAUGUUACUGACUUACACGUUUACAACGUAAAUAGAAAGAACUACAAUGUAAAAUAGUACAUGAAAUAUUUGGUCCAUUCUACAAUUAGUUUUUUGC